AUGGAAACUCAGCCAAGAACAUGGCGAGUGAAAAGAGAGAUAUCUGCUCUCUGCAAAAUCCCGCUCCUCUUUCUGCUCCUGUACCUCUUUGUGUGCUCUCUUGACAUUUUAAGCUCUGCUUUCCAACUAGCAGGAGGCAGGGUAGCAGGAGACAUCUUCCAGGAAAAUGCCAUCCUGUCUAACCCAGUGGCAGGGCUGGUAGUGGGAAUACUGGUGACAGUGUUAGUCCAGAGUUCCUCCACCUCUACCUCCAUCAUAGUCAGCCUUGUCUCUUCUGGUUUGCUGGAUGUUCAGUCAGCCAUUCCUAUCAUCAUGGGAUCCAACAUCGGAACAUCUGUCACCAAUACCAUUGUUGCUCUAAUGCAGGCUGGGGAGAGAGAUGAGUUUGAAAGGGCAUUCGCUGGAGCUACAGUCCACGACUGUUUCAACUGGUUGUCUGUUUUGGUGCUUCUCCCUUUGGAAGUUGUGAGCGGGCUGUUGAGGCGAAUGUCACAGGCUGUGGUUGACACGCUACAGCUUAGUACUGGAGAAGAAGCUCCUGAACUUCUUAAAGUCCUGACUGAGCCACUCACCAAAAUUAUUAUCCAGCUGGAUCGUUCAGUCAUUACAGCCAUCGCUACAGGAGACCACAGUGUGAGGAACAAGAGUCUGGUGAAGCACUGGUGUCAAACCACAACCAUGAAGGUACUGGUACCAUACGAUGCAUCCCACUUCAGGUCAAGUUACUGCCUGUGUCUUCUCGACAAUGAAACAUCCUGGGGAACACACAACCUUUCAGAACAUGCACAGAAAUGUAGGCAUCUCUUUGUGGACUGCUCUUUGUCUGACUUGGCUAUAGGUCUGAUCCUCCUGGCUUGCUCCCUUUUGGUGCUGUGCAGCUGUCUGGUACUGCUGGUUAAACUGCUCAACUCCCUGCUGAAGGGCCAUGUGGCCAGUGCUAUUAAUAAAGUUGUUAAUACAGACUUCCCCUUCCCUUUUACCUGGCUGGCAGGUUAUGUGGCUCUAUUAGUGGGAGCAGGCAUGACCUUUCUGGUUCAGAGUAGCUCGGUCUUCACCUCUGCGAUCACUCCUCUCAUAGGGAUUGGUGUGAUCAAUAUUGAAAGAGCCUAUCCUUUAACCCUGGGGUCCAACCUUGGAACCACUACAACAGCUACACUGGCAGCCUUGGCUAGUCCGGGAGAUAAGCUAUCUGCUGCCACACAGGUUGCGUUAUGUCAUUUUUUCUUUAACCUCCUUGGUAUCCUGCUGUGGUAUCCUAUACCAGCCACCCGCUUACCCAUACGUAUGGCCUGUGCCCUUGGUAAUUGCACUACCAGGUACCGCUGGUUUGCUGUUUUGUACCUCCUCCUCUGCUUCCUGGUACUCCCAUCCCUCGUGUUUGGCCUCUCCAUGGCUGGGUGGAAGGUGAUGACCGGAAUUGGCGUCCCAGUCAUUAUGGUAGUUAUAUUUGUGGCAACAGUAAACAUGCUCCAGGCACGUAGACCUGGUUGUUUGCCACUUAGACUGCAGAACUGGGACUUUCUUCCUGCUUGGAUGACCUCGCUUCAGCCCCUCGAUGACCUUAUCACCAAGGUGACGCUGUUGUGCAGGCAAGAAAGAGGUUGGACUUUCAAGCGAAAUGAUGGCCAGGUAGCAUCAUUGGAGGGCAUUACUGUCAACCCUGAGAGAAAAAUCAAAGAGAAAUGGCAACAGAGCGGGGAAGGACAGGAGACUGAUAAGAGCCCGCAGAAACAAAGAGGACUGGACAAACCUGGAUCUUGUCAUCCACAAUACAAUCAGGAAAACUACAGAGACAACACAGCAAACAACAUGUCUUCAGAUAACAAUGUAUUUGACCUGGCUACAGCUUGCUCCACACUGAAAAACAAAAACUUAAACAGUGAGGGUACUCUGCUAAGCAGCACUCGCUUGUAG